UCUCUUCUCUCACUCCAAUUCAAUUCACUCCCAAAAGAAAAAAGUAAAGUCCAUACCCAACAUCUCUCUCUCUCUCUUUUCUAACCCACCAGCAGCAGCAGCAGCAGCAGCAGCUCACAUGGAAACCCAAUUCAUCGUCUACCUCGUGGCGGCUUCCACGUCAGCAUACCUGCUCUGGUUCUACCUCCUAUCUCGUAAACUUACCGGUCCAAAAGUCUAUCCCCUGGUCGGCAGCCUCCCUCUCCUCUUCAUGAAUCGGCGGCGCAUCCACGACUGGAUGGCCGCAAACCUCCGCUCCACUAGCGGCGCCGCCACCUACCAAACUUCCACCAUUUGUCUACCUUUUCUAGCUCGCAAACAAGGGUUCUACACUGUCACUUGUCACCCCAAAAACAUCGAACACAUUCUUCGAACCCGGUUCGAUAACUACCCCAAAGGCCCGACUUGGCAAACCGCAUUUCACGACCUUUUGGGUCAAGGAAUUUUCAAUAGUGACGGUGAGACCUGGUUGAUUCAGCGUAAAACCGCGGCUCUCGAGUUCACCACCCGGACGCUCCGACAAGCCAUGAACCGGUGGGUGAACCGGACAAUCCGGACACGCCUCUGGCGCAUUUUAGAUAAAGCCGCUACGUAUAACACUCCUGUGGAUUUGCAAGACUUGUUGCUUCGCUUAACGUUCGAUAAUAUUUGCGGGCUCACAUUCGGUAAAGACCCGGAAACACUCUCUCCUGAUUUACCCGAGAACCCGUUUUCCAUCGCGUUUGACUCCGCCACUGAGGCCACUCUUCAACGGUUACUUUACCCGGGUUUUCUAUGGAAGUUCAAGAAAAUUUUCGCCAUUGGAGCUGAACUGAGACUCAAAAAGAGCCUCGACAUUGUCGAAAACUACAUGACUGAAGCUCUCGAAGCCCGCAAAGAAGCUCCCUCCGAUGAUCUUUUAUCUCGAUUCAUGAAAAAGCAAGAUAUUGACGGAAACCUUUUCCCCAACACCGUCCUCAAACGUAUUGCUCUCAACUUCGUCCUCGCGGGCCGAGAUACCUCGUCCGUCGCUCUCAGCUGGUUCUUCUGGUCCGUCAUGACCAACCCACAUGUCGAAUACAAAAUCCUCGAUGAAAUAACAACGAUUCUACGAGAAACCCGCGGAGAAAACCCGAAAUUAUGGACUGAAGAGCCUCUAGCGUUCGACGAAGCAGACCGGUUGGUUUAUUUAAAAGCAGCAUUGGCGGAGACUUUAAGGUUGUACCCUUCGGUCCCGGAGGAUUUCAAGUACGUUGUUUCAGACGAUGUUUUGCCGGACGGAACCGAAGUUCCGGCCGGUUCGACCGUGACGUACUCGAUUUAUUCGGUGGGGAGGAUGAAGACUAUAUGGGGGGAAGAUUGUUUGGAGUUUAAACCGGAAAGGUGGCUCUCGGCCGGUUUAGACCGGUUUGAACCUCCGAAAGAUGGGUAUAAGUUCGUGGCGUUUAAUGCCGGUCCAAGGACUUGUCUCGGGAAGGACUUGGCUUACCUGCAAAUGAAGUCAGUGGCUUCGGCUGUGCUGCUUCGUUACCGGCUAUCGCUGGUUCCCGGUCACCGUGUCGAGCAGAAGAUGUCGCUGACGUUGUUCAUGAAGAAUGGUCUUCGCGUGUACUUGCACCCACGUGAACUCACUGGUCCAGGGUCUGCCACGUCAGCAGAAGGAGAGGGCAGUUUCGUCAUUUCCUAAUUUGUGUAUGUCUCCGAAGGGUAUAUUGGUCAUUUAAAUUUGUAUUUACUUUUGUCAUAUAUUUUCACACAGUGUUUGUUUUGUUUGGCUGGUUUAAAGAUUAUGUUCAUUUGGUGAUAUAUGAGGGUAUAUUAGUCAAUUGAAAAUGUGUCCAAA